AAAUCAACUGAGCAAUUACAAUAAAUUAGGCCGUACACCGCCCAUGUGCUAUUUAGAAGGUGCUAAAGAUAGAUAAUGAGUCCGACCAAUCGCUGGCGAGGGAGGUGCAACCGCACUAAAAAAGAAGGUUUGUUUGAUAAAUAUUCAACAUUUCCACCCGACUCCAGAUCAGUGAGCACAGAGGGGACACUCAGCUCUCAACACCAGCUCUCCAUCCUGACUGCAGAUUACGAUCGUCUUGGUUUCUGGGUUAAAGCUCCACAGAUUUGUGACAGAGAUGAGCAACUCGAUUCUUCCCGCCCUUCUUCUCCUCUCCGUGUUCAAGUCAAUGACAGGGGCCGAUGAGGUGCUAUAUGCACAGGUGGGAGAGACAGUUUCCCUGAAGCCUCCACAGGAAUACACUCCAAGUGUUCAUUAUCUGUACUGGUAUUUUGGUGACCUUGAACUUGCCUGGCGUAACCCCCACGGAGGCUCGGGGAUAAAUGACGGACAAGACAUGGCAAAGUGGAAAGAUAAACUGUCCUGGUCUGGCAACUCACUGAUAAUCAAAGAAAUCCCAGAAGAACAAUUUGGGACUUUUACAUGUAAACUGCCUCGGGACAAGCUUGAAAAAAACUAUAAACUACUAAAGGUCCAAGUGUCUAUGAACCCGGCCUCUCCUCUGCUGCCCGGGGACCGUCUUUCUCUGACCUGUGAGGCGGACAGGCCUCGCAGUUCCAAAGAUGAGCCAAAGAUACAAUGGCUGAAUCCCCAAGGAGAGAACGUAAACAACAACAGCCGACACACAGUGACAGCCACACAACAACAUAAUGGCGAGUGGACCUGUGUUGUGGCAAACGAUAAUAAAGAAAAGAGAUCCACGAUCACAGUUACGGUUGUGGACCUCUCCCCAGCUCCUGACCAUCCUCUGUAUACCUCUAAAUUCCAGUCACUCACCAUCCCCUGUUCCAUUCCCUCUGACGUCUCCUGGGAACAAGUCAAAGCUAAGGGCGUCCAGGGAGUGCACUGGGACUACCUUAGCCUGGGCUCGAGUCACAUUUCUGGUGAUCCACAGAGGCUUUUCUCCCUCUCUCUGAAUGAUACGCUGAGCUGGCAGCCAGACAAAAACCGAGGACUGACUCCUGUCUCUAGCCUUAUGAAAGGAAAUCUGUCAUUGUUCAUAAAUAAAGCGAAGGUAGAAGACAGAGGCGACUAUGUUUGCACCAUGAAAUUUCGCAGUGGUCUCACUCUGAACAGGAUGGUGCAAGUGAACGUGCUGCAGAUCACCUCCUCCCCAGGAACAGACUUGAUUUCUGGCCAGCAGCUCAACCUGACCUGCAGCCUCGGCCGUCCGCUGUCUUCUGACCUGCAGCUGAAAUUGAUCCCACCAAAACAAUCGCACCUGCAGCCUCUGACAUCUGACCGUGAACCCGCCCUCCUCAACAUCCCGGAAGUGGGUACAGGAGAUGGCGGAAGGUGGAAGUGUGAGCUGUGGCAGCGCGGCAUACUGCUGACGUUUGUUGAGAUAACUCUGAAGAUCGAACCAAAGCUGAGUGUGUGGAUGCUGAUAAUCAUAUGCAGCGUCACAGUCAUCGUGCUCCUCGUCCUCGUCCUCGUUUUCAUCCUGUGCCACCGCAGACAGCGGAAGAUGAGACACCUCAGGCAUCGACUCUGCCAUUGCAAAAACCCCAAGCCCAAAGGAUUCUACAGAACAUAAUAUCUCCCAGAAAGACACUUCCACAUCGCAACCGACUGAAUUUCUCACCGGAUUUUUCUGCCAUAUCUAUUAAACUGUAAAAGUCUAUAGGUGUGUUAGAUGAGUUUAAAAGAGUCCUGUCAUUGUUGAAAUGUCGGACAGACACACAAAAAUAUAUUUUACACUUGUAAAUAUCAGUUUGUUUGGAUUAUUUCAAUUUUUGUAAUUUACAAAAUGUAAUUGAUUUCGUGGAAACUUUUCUAUUUCACAUAAUUCCUCAAUCAAAGUGCGGUUUAUCUAAUACCAAUAUGUUGGUGUCGUUCCUAGAACGUCAUGAUUUAUGCUGUUCCAGGACCAUCUUUCAAACUGACCAAUCACACUGUUUGGUGUCAUUCCUGGAUGAUUAGAAUAUGAAUGUUAACAUGUUUUCAUGAGUAAAACUGAUCAAAAGUUUUGAGAUGGGUCCAACAGAUCGCCUCAGCAGCGACAAAGGUUGCAAUGUAAUCCUUUAGGGCUGGCUGCUCCCUCUCCAGCUCACAUCUGCACCGCUGAUUCCAGUAAAAAGUCACAUAUUGCAAGAUUUCAGAACAAGGCUUCUCCUUGAAUGAGACUUAUAUGUUCGGUAAUAGAAUGGAUAAGAGCCUCAGCCUGUCAGUGGCAAAAAAACGAGCACUUUUAUUCAAUGUAAUGUUGACGGUUGGAAUCGCCCUAAACUUAGGAAAAACUAAAACCAAAACUUUAAUCACAACUCUAAUCAACACGCAAGACUAAGAUGAAGUAUUUUCUGGGGAAAAAAGUUAUUUCAGAGUAGAACAAUUCUAUGGGGGCAGAAGGUAGCGCAAAUUAAUAAUCCAUCUGUCUGUUCCCUUGUCAAAUAAUCGUGGCAAUGCUACCCAGCUGUGCAGGUUUAGGUCAGUAGAUGACACAGAGACUUCAGCAUAACUCCAGAAUACCAGAUCAGUAAAGAAUGACAUGGAAUUUAAAUCCCCAGUUCUGUUUCAGUUCAAUUUCUACAUAAUCUUGCAUUAAAUGAAUAAUUUCCACACUAAAACAUGUAAAUACAUGGAGCGUGUUUUAAAAUACUGGAAUUCCACUGUGAGUUGAGGAUUUUCAGGUUUAUAAUCUAUUUGGACACAUUGUUUACUGUUCACAAAUGUUUUUACUCUCAUUUCCCCCUUUUUUCAGUUUUACUUUGCAUUCUGUUCAGUUUAAACAACAAAAAUACCCUGUCAGGUUGAGUAAAACAUGCUUUGAGUUCAAAAAGACCCUUUCAGAACAUUUAUGAUGUGUUACAAAGGAUCAUUUCACCAAUGCUCGUACUUUUCUCGUCUUUGUUCGGAGUUCGACCACUGUUACAUUACAAACAUAAAUGGUCAGUUGCAGUGAUGAUCCUAGAACAGCAUUAAUUAUAAUAUUCCCAUAACAACACCAACACCACAAUAUCAAAUUGGGUGUGAAACUGCUUUUCCAUUUAGUUAUCAUUUUUACAUUACUGUUUGUGAUACUGUCUGUUAAUAAUUCUUCUUAUUAUAUUCUCUUACAUUGUUUUCAGAUUUGUCUUUUUGUCCUUCUAUGUGAUGUAUAUUUCAAGACGUUCAAUGAUACUGUGUUGAUACCGUAGGCUUGGUUACUUGAUUUUAUGGAUAUAUAUACAAAUAUAUUACUUUUCACAUAAGCAAAUAUUGAUACUGAAUACUCAAAUUAGAAUAAAAAAACAGAAUGCUUUUGUAAGAUAAUUUUUUAUUUGUAGGUUCGGCCACGGAUGUUUUUCCAAUAAAGACUCAAUAUUUUUAAUGGCUGUUGUGUUCCUGCAGUGCUGUGAUGGGGAUCAAGGGAUAGGACUGGCUUUCAUUUGACAGAUUCGGGGAUACGAGAAGGAGCAGGGGACAUCAAACCAG